AUGGAAGAGAGCACCAAAAGAAAACACACUAGCCUGAUCCAUGAACUUAUCCAAGGAAAGGAGCUUACAAAGCAGCUCGGUAACCAUCUGGUUUCUUCUUCUCCAUCAUCCUAUGAAACCAAUGAAUUGUUGGUUGAGAAAAUACUCUUGUCUUACGAGAAAGCACUCACCAUUCUGAACUGGGGGUCUAUUGCGGGAGAGGCCAAAACCACCAGUGGCACAAGGAUGGAUUCCCAUUGUUCUAUUACAAAUGGUGGGGGUCCCAGAAGUGAGGUCGUGGACCGUGAAUUUGAGCACAAAUCUGUCUUCAAGAAAAGAAAGACCGUGCCUAGAUGGACGGAGCAAGUGAAGAUUUGCUCAAGAACAGGACUUGAGGGGUCUUUGGAUGAUGGAUAUAGCUGGAGAAAAUACGGGCAGAAGGAUAUUCUUGGAUCUAAGUUUCCAAGAGGAUAUUACAGAUGCACACAUAGAAAUGUACAAGGGUGUCUGGCAACAAAACAAGUUCAAAGGUCAGAUGAAGACCCGACAACAAUUGAGGUGACCUACAGAGGAAGGCAUACAUGCACGCAGGCUAAGCAUUUGAACAAGGCAUUCCCAUCAAACAUAAAGAUGGGUUUGGGGGAAAAUCAAUUCCACAAUGAUCAAAAUAAUCAACCGCUUCAAGAGAAAAUACAACAAACCCCAGAGGGGAUUUCCACCUUUGAAACAGAGCUUAGAGUCAAGACCGAAGAAUUGGAAAUCAAGGAGGAUAUGUUUCCAUGGUCUUCAUUUCCAUAUCCAUCAAUUGGAUCAGAAAUGUUACCCGAGUCCAUGAUUGAAAACCAUUUCAUGGAAAGCUUUUCUCCUGUAUUCAUAUCACCAGAAACUUCAGAUUCCAACCCUUUCUGUUUGUCAGCGUACCACUUGGACAGCACUGAACUGUUAUGCCAACACAUACAAACCUUAGAAUCUGAUAUCAGUGAGACAGUUUCAGCCUCAACUUCAGUGACAAACUCCCCAAUCCUGGAUUUGGACAUUUUCCUUCAUAAAGGGGAUUUUGACACGGAGUUCCCUCUCAACACCCCUGAAUUUUUCUCUCCAUACGAACUUCCCUGCACUUCCACAUAG